GAAGGCGUCCUUUCAAACCUGCAAACAAUGAGAGUGAAACAACCCCUGAAAAAUGACAUCUCCACUCCCCCCUGGCACAGACCCACUCCCUGAGCCCAUAAAAACAGGGGACCCGGCAGUUGCUCCCACAGGACUUGGCUCCUCUCGCCUUCCAAGCUUCAGCCUCAGCCCUUGGCUCAGAAUUUUGGGGACCCUCCACCAUGUCUCGCCAGUCCUGCGCUCUUGGCAAGGGGUUCAGCUCCAGCUCUGUGUGUUUCGGGGGCAGGAACAAGGUCACGUUCGGCCCCAUGCCCCGUGGAGGAUGCCGAGGAUCCGGUGGCAGCUUCAGCAGCAGGAGCCUCUAUUCCCUGGGGGGCAGUAAAAGCACAUCCCUGGGAGGAUUUGGGGGCGCUGGUGGUGCCUGCAGAGGCUUUGGUGGGCAAGGAGGCUUCGGCUUUGGGGCUGGAGCAGGAUUUGGGGGCGGCUAUGGUGCGGGGUGCUUUGGUGGAGGGCUCGGCGGCGGCUUUGGCGGAGGAUUCGACGGCCAGGGCUUCCCCCCGUGCCCCCCGGGUGGCAUCAGGGAGGUGACCAUCAACCAGAGCCUGCUGGCCCCCCUCAACCUGGAGAUCGACCCCGAGAUCCAGAAGGUUCGGACGCAGGAGCGGGAGGAGAUCAAGAAACUCAAUGACAAAUUCGCCUCCUUCAUCGACAAGGUCCGGUUCCUGGAGCAGCAGAACCGAGUCCUGGAGACCAAGUGGAAGCUGCUGCAGGAGCAGGGGGGCACAGGAACGGGGGGCAGGAGCCUGGACCCCUUCUUUGAGACCUACAUCAGCGGGCUGAGGAAGCAGCUGGAUUGUCUCUCCAGUGAGAAGCACCAGCUGGAAACCGAGCUGAAGAGCUUCCAGGACAUGGUGGAGGACUUCAAGACCAAGUACGAGGAGGAGAUCAACAAGAGGACAGCAGCUGAGAACGAAUUCGUGCUCCUGAAGAAGGACGUGGAUGGAGUCUACAUGACCAAGGUGGAGCUCCAGGGAAAACUGGAUUCUCUGUCAGAUGAGAUCAACUUCCUCAAGUGUCUCUACGAGGCAGAGCUGUGCCAGAUGCAGAAGACUGUGUCUGACACCUCGGUGGUGCUGUCCAUGGACAACAACCGCAGCCUGGACCUGGACAGCAUCAUCGCCGAGGUGAAGGCGCAGUACGAGGAGAUCGCCAACCGCAGCCGCGCCGAGGCCGAGGCCUGGUACCGGUGCAAGUACGAGGAGCUGCAGGCGACCGCGGGCAAGCACGGGGACAGCCUCAAGGACACCAAGAUCGAGAUCUCAGAGCUCAACCGCGUCAUCCAGAGGAUCCGGGCGGAGAUCGAGAACGUGAAGAAGCAGUGUGAGACCAUUCAGACGUCGAUUGCGGACGCGGAGCAGCGCGGGGAGGUGGCUCUCAAGGACGCCAGGGACAAGCUGACCGAGCUGGAGACAGCCCUGCAGAAAGCCAAGGCCGACAUGGCCCGGCAGCUCCGGGAGUACCAGGAGCUGAUGAACGUCAAGCUGGCCCUGGACGUGGAGAUCGCGACCUACAGGAAGCUGCUGGAGGGCGAGGAGUGCAGGAUGUCUGGGGAGUGCCAGAGCUCCGUCAGCAUCUCCGUGGUGGGCGGCAGCAGCUCCGUGGGAGGCGGAUACAACAGCGGAUUGUGCCUUGGAGGAGGAAUGGGCUUCGGAGGCGGGAAAGGCAGCUGCAGCACGGGCGGUGCUGGUGUCUGCUUCAGCCUGGGAGGGGGCGGGUUUGGUGCCGGGGGUGGAUUUGGCUCCCUGGGUGGGGGAUCCAACUCGGUGGUGGUGGGGGGAUCUAGCACCAUCCUGAAGAACAGCGGCUCCACCGCCCGGAGGGUGUAGGAAAGGAAUCAACCCCGACCCCGGCAGCCAGAGGAGAAAGGCAGCAAGUACACGAUGACCCCCAAAGACCACUGAGUGAUGGGCACACCUGAAACCACCACUCAGACUGUGGGCAGAAGACAAACAUGGCCAAACCCAUCUGCCAAGGACUCAGAUUCCCAACAGCAGCCAAGAACAGCUCAAUCCCUCGUGCUCCCCUCCAGCUGCUGCACAUCGAGGUGCCCAGGUCUCCUUGGGGAGCGGGACCUGCCCACCCAUGAGGAGCCCCAAAACUGGCUGGGUGAGCCUGUGGAGCAGCACCCUCCCAGCAAGAGCUGCCCAAGCCCAGGCAGGAGGGGAAUGGAUCCAAGCGCAGCUCCGGGUGUGCAGGGAAGCCUCGGCCUCUCUCAGGCUCCUGUGCUGGAUCCAGCCGUGGUGCAACUUUAAUCAGCGCCGCUCAUCAGCCGCAGCUCAAGCUCCAAAGCAGAAUUUCCUCCUGGUGCCUCGGCCCAGCUGAAGAUGUUUCUCACCCAACCGACUUUCAGUUUGCUUUUUCCCCCCAAGUUUCAUUCGGGCUGUUGUAAAAUGUUUAUUUUUACUCAGGGUUCACCUUUUCCUUGGGACCAUGGCAACAAUCGUGUGUGUUUGCUCAAGUCUUUCUCCUUGGCAUGUGCAAUCCCCCAAUAAACAUGAGAGG